AUGCCUUUCUUGUCUCACGACAAAGCGGUCGAAUUGAAAAGGCAGCUUGGGGAUAAUGCAGAGGUUCUCACCUUUGGUUCGGAAGGUUAUGCUGAGAGUCUCAGGAGAUGGAGUGAUACCUGUGAAAAGGAGGCUGGAGCCGUUGUACGUCCUACAUCCACCCACCAAGUCGCGACUAUUGUCAGUUUCGCAAGGAGAACCCAUGUCCCUUUUGUGAUCAAAGUUGGAGGUCACUCCACAGAUGCGGCAUCCUCAACGCAUGGCGGAAUCGUCAUCGACUUAUCCAAAAUGUGCAAAGUGGUUGUUGAUCCAGCUAGCAAGACUGUGGCAGUCCAAGGAGGUGCAACCUGGCGAGAUGUUGACACAGCUACAGCACGAUAUUCACUUGCUAUUGUCGGAGGCACCCUUGAUUUAAGCGGGGUUGCUGGAACUACGUUAGGGGGAGGAUACGGCUGGCUGACUGGUAGAUAUGGUCUCGCUAUUGACAAUCUCCUAAGUGCGAGGAUUGUCCUGGCAGACGGCAACGUUAUUGUUGCAUCUGAGACCGAAAAACCUGACUUGUUUUGGGCCAUUCGAGGUGCAGGACCGGCCUUUGGAGUGGUCACUGAGCUUGUUUUCCAAGCGCAUGAUCAAAGAUCCCCAGUCUAUGGAGGACUACUGAUAUUUUCUGCCGAAAGAUUGAGAGAGGUCGUCGAGUUUGCCAAUACCUUCGGGACAAGCUCAACCAAGGACCAGGGGUUAUAUUUAGGAUUCACGUGUGUCCCGCCGGAGCGCAAAGCGGCAAUAUUUGCUAUACUCUUCUAUAAUGGGUCCAUUAAGGAAGCAGAAAGACUUUUUUCGCCGCUGCUGUGUCUUGGGCCAAUUGUGAAUGAAACCGAUAUGAUGCCUUAUGAGCGACUCAACUCCAUUAUUGAACGAUUCACUUCUUCAACUGGCCGCAAAAGUAUGGGUGGUAUUGACAUUACCUUGCCUCUGGAGUUCCAAGCUGUCCAUCACCUUUUUGAGCAAUUUGAAACAAUACUGAAGACGAAUCGACGCGUUGAGGAAUCUACAUUGACAUUUCAGCUGCUGCCAUAUGCUGAGGUUGCCAAAGUCCCCGUGGAGUCCACUGCUUGUGCCAAUCGGGGACAUGCCUACAACGCGUGUGUUGUUUUCUGCUGGCAUGACCCAGAUCAAGACACAAAGAUGCACAAUCUCCUGCACAGCUUUCUGGCGGAGGUUGAAGCAUGCGGAGGAAUACGAGAUUAUGAGAUACAUCACCAAGGUAUCGGAAUAGCGUACGCCAAUUUCGCUGGGAAAGAAGUCCCUUUGGUUGAUAUUUUUGGGGCAAACCUACCCCGGCUGCAGCUCCUGAAAACAAAGUACGACCCGGACAAUGUGUUCAAAAAGUGGCAUAACUUACGACGUUGA